AUCCGAGUAUUGAUACAGUGCUCCAGCCUACAGCAGCUGCGUACGAGACUUCACAGACAAUGGCAGCCCUUAAGUAAGCCGCUAAAGGUGUUGAGGAGGGAAAAAGGUGUUUGUUUACCUCUCGGCCGCCGCCGCGCCAGGGCGGCCAGCCACCGGGGCGGUGUCGCGUUCCGCCGCAUCCUCCUAUUAUUACUGGUGACAGGUGUGCAGUGUAGGGGAGCGUGAGCACCUGCCAGGCCGCUCACAGUGAUAGAGCCCUCAAGAAGACUAAGAAGCUGUGUUGCCGAGGACCACGUCUGGCUCCAGCAGCUCAGAUGAGGAGGCGUCACGGUUCAGGGAGGCGUGUGACCCCACCCUGUGGAGAACGGCCGCGCAGGGAGCCGCCAAGAAUGAAAUCUGCAGAGCGGAGGCAUCUGAUGAGAAGCCCCAGCCAAGGCGACCAGAGGCAGGCCUUCAUGCUGCUGGAGAAGAUGCGCACAACCCUUGCCGGGGCGCAGGGCAAGGCAGGGUGUGUGGGGCUGAGGCACAAGGAUGGCCAUGGCCCCAGCAUACAGGGCAGGCCAUCGUCAGGCAGGGCAGAGGCCAGCACAGCGAGGGUGGCCACGGCUGCCCCAUCCACACUCUCCCUUCCUGGCCAAGCAGCUCACCUCAAGACUGGACGGGUAUUUGGAGGAGUACAAGUUGAAGGACCGGUGCGCCGACGGAACCAUUGUAGCCGUGCCGUGCUCCCUGCCAGACAACACCAACACCAACACCACUGCAGGGAAAAAGAAGAAAAAGAAAUGUGUGGUGUGUGUGUCUCAGGCUGGGAAGGAAGACGCCACAUUAUCACACCAGGAGGAAUCACUCAGUAGCCUUCAGAACGGUGGUGUCAGUGAGGGCUCAAGGACAAAGAGAAGGAGAGGUGUGGUGUGUGUGUGUCUCAGGCUGGGAAGGAAGACGCCACAUUAUCACACCAGGAGGAGUCACUCAGUAGCCUUCAGAACGGUGGUGUCAGUGAGGGCUCAAGGACAAAGAGAAGGAGAGGUGUGGUGUGUGUGUGUCUCAGGCUGGGAAGGAAGACGCCACAUUAUCACACCAGGAGGAAUCACCCACUGGCCUUCAGAACGGUGGUGUCGGUGAAGGUUUAAGUACAAAGAGAAGGAGAGGUGAGGUGUGUGUGUCUCAGGCUGGGGAGGAAGAGGAAGGAACUGUACAGGAGAAGCAGGAGGAAGCAUUUAAUGGCCUCACGAAUGGUGGUUCUGGCUCAAGUACCGACGUGAGGAAGCAGAGGAAGCAAACUCGAAGGAGAGGGAAGAAGAAGAAGUUGAAGGGAGGCGAUGAAGUGGCUGUACCUAAGAGGAAGAACAGGGAUGAAUAGAACAUGAAAAAAACACCAGUUACCCCUCACAAUGGCAGCGUUGGCUCAAGUACUGAUGUGAUUAAACAUAGGAAGCAAACACGAAGGAGAGGGAAAAAGAAGAAGUUGCAGGGAGGUUAUUAAGUUGCCGUGCCUUAGAGGAGGAACAGGGAUGGAUAGAAUAUGAAAAAAAACACUAGUUACCUCUCACAAUGGCAGUUUUGGCUCAAGUUCUGAUGUGAUGAGGCACAGGAAGCAAACCCAAAAGAGAGGGAAGAAGAAGAAGUUGAAGGGAGGCGAUGAAGUGGCCGUACCUUAGAGGAAGAACAGCGACAGAUGGAACAUGAAGGAAGAAGAGAACACUAGUUACCCCUCACAGUGACAGCACUAGUGAAAGGAAGAGAAAGAAGGUGGAACAGAGGGAGUGUAGUGUGGCUUGUGUGUGUUGAACUUAAGAAGGGACACACUGCAGGGUUUGAACAAGAAGAAAUGAUUACCUCACAAUGACAGCACUAGUGAAAGGAAGAGAAAGAAGACAAAAUGGAGUUGUGUGGCUUGUGUGUGUUGAACUUAAGAAGGGAUACACUGCAGGGUUUGAACAGGAAGAAAUGCUUACCUCACAAUGACAGCACUAGUGAAAGGAAGAGAAAGAAGACAAAACAGAGGGAGUGUAGUGUGGCUUGUGUGUGUUGAACUUAGAAGGAAGACACUGCAGGUUUGAGCAAAGAAAAACACUUACUGACGAUGGCUGAGUGGUCGGUGCCUGGAUGCCAUGACCCCAAGGACCCAGGCUCAAGUCCCUCUGCAAGACACUGACAAUUCUUAACCAUCGGCCAGUGGUGGAACAUUACCCACAUGCUGCCCAGGUCUUCAAUCAACCUUGACUUCAGCGACUUCGGUCAAGAGGAGCACCGGGGGGCAGCAUGGGCCAAGCAGAGUCAUACAUCACAGCAGCCACUAUAAAUUAAAUUCGCCUGUGCCACGAACGGACUGGGGUCUUCCAAGUGGUCCCUCGAGAGAGCCUACUGGUGCUAUAGGCAGAGGAGAAGGAGGAGGAAAAAUGAAAAGAGGAAGAAUUCUGUGGCACUGGUGAAGGAGUAGAAGGAGGAAGAGGAUAAAAAGGAAAGAGAAAGAAAUCUGCAGCUACAAUGGAAGAUAGGAAACACAGCAAAAGAGACACAUGAAGAGAUUGAAGGAAAGGGAAUGGACAGUUACGACAAGAAGAAGCAUUUAAUAGUCCUUAUAAUGGUGGCACUGCUGAAGAAUAAGAAGGAAGAGGAAGAAAGGAAAAAUAUGUACCUUGUGAUUUUGGGCUGUGAAGAAGCUGAAGGAAGGCAAAGUAAUGGAGGGAAGAGAACAGUCAGUCAAUUACAACAAGAAGAAGCACUUACUAAUCUACAGAAUGGUGGCACUGCUGAAGGAGAACACAAAGGAAGAACAAACAACACCAGACCUGCUGGUCCUUAUGAGGCUGUUUGUGACAAGCUACACUAACUAUCUAAUCAAAGGUGGAAGAUGAAGGACAGCAAAGGCGAAGGCUCCUUCCCACCCCCCAUCCCUCCAGCCAAAGCUGGCAAGAAAGGAAAAAGAACCAUGCAGCUUGGAAAAACUGCAUGGAAAUUUUAUAGGAAAGAGGAAAGAACUACCAUUACUGCUACCACUAACCGGGCGAUAAAAGCGGACAAGGACAAGAGGAAAGAAGGAAGAAGAGGAAAAAGGAAAGAGAAAGAAAUCUGUGCCUUGUGAAUUUUAUGCUGUGACAGUUACAAUAGGAAUUACACUUACUCUCCUUCACAGUGCUGGCAUGUGCUCAAAUUAUGACACACAAAGGAAACAGUCGCCUUCACCAUUACUCUUUCCUUCCUCUCCACUCUUACAAACACUUCUCCCUCCCUCUCCCUCUCUCUCAGCCAAACACUGUCAUGGAGCCAUCUGGUCCCAUAAAGCACUAGUGGAAACAAUCGCCUUCAUCAUUACUUUUUCCUGUCUCUCCACUCUUACAAACACUUCUCCCUCCCUCUCCCUCCCUCCCAGCCAAACACUGUCAUGGAGCCAUCUGGUCCCAUAAAGCACUAGUAUUUUUAGAAUGGCAAAAACAUGUAUAAUGAGCUCACAGCGAAACAGUGCGCGCGACCUUUUGUAUACUCGGACUUUUGUCACGGCGGAAAACAUACAUGAUAUACAGACAAACAGACAACAUUGAGGGGAGGCGAUGAAAAGGCGGUCCCUUCAACUUGACGGGGGUGGAAGGAAGUGUGAGAGAUGAAGAAGGAAGGAGAAAAAGAACAUCCCAUCACAACACUGGUGCUAAGAAAAGACAAAGAAGAAAAGUAAAAUAAGAAAGAAAGGUGUAGCUUGUGGCUCUCAGGAAUGUUAGUUAGGCUGUGACACUUGCAAUAGAGAAAACACUUUAGUGGUGGCGUGGACUCAAGUUCUGACUCACACGAAGAACAGCUGAAACAAAUAUGAAAUAAAGUAUGUGUGUG